GAAGAGUGAACGGCACUUCAGUGACGUGUGAAAAACCAGCUGAAGAGAGGCUUUUUUCCCCUGGUCAAUUUGAGAUCCUGAAACGAGAAUGUCGACUGCCAUACCCUUGAAUUCUUUUGUCAUCCAGCUGCAACCACCAAUACAAACAACAGCAUUUGGGACUGCCACAAAUGCUCCUGCGCCUGUUUAUGUCCAACAGGUAGCAGGACUUUCACCUCUUCAUGGACUCCAGGCAUUUCUGACAGGCCAACCAAAAGCUCUUGGGACUGUCCAGAUAAUGAUUGGUCUGAUGACUCUCCUGUUUGGCAUUGUGUCUACAGUUUAUGCAGAAUCCAUCUUUGUCUAUAGUGGUAUUCCUUACUGGGGAUCUCUCAUCUACAUUAUUGCAGGCUCACUCUGCAUUGCUGCAGAAAACAAACUUAAUUCACCCUCCAGUUUGUGUUUGGUGAAUGGUUCACUUGGAAUGAACAUUUUCAGUGCUUUAACCGCAGGCAUUGCCCUUAUUUUAACUUCACUGGAUUUGGUUCUAGCACAAAUCAUCUUUUCCUCUAACUGCAACGAUUCUGAAUGUUAUGUUCGGGGAAAAUACAAGACCCUCUUCUGCGGAAUCAGUGGUGUAUUGCUGUUAUUCACCUUCCUUCAGUUUAUCAUCUCCAUCUGUUUGUCAGUAUUUGCUUGUAAGGUCUCCUGUUGCUGUUAUCCUCCUCAGGUGCCAUUUGUUCCUCAAGUUUUAAAUCCACAGCCCCCUGAUUUCAGGCCCAAUCAUUUCCAUGAUCUUAACAGCUCAGAGGUGCCAUUUGUUCCUCAAGUUUUAAAUCCACAGCCCCCUGAUUUCAGGCCCAAUCAUUUCCAUGAUCUUAACAGCUCAGAGGUGCCAUUUGUUCCUCAAGUUUUAAAUCCACAGCCCCCUGAUUUCAGGCCCAAUCAUUUCCAUGAUCUUAACAGCUCAGAGAUACCUGUGGUCAGCAGCUCUUCCAUGAACCACCAUCAUGCAGAAACCCUCCCACAAUACAGUGAAUUCUACAGCUGCCCUCAGUGCAGACAGACCGUCAGUCCAAGACCUGCUAUAGGUAAAAACACCACUCUGGCUGAGAUGGUGGAGAAACUGAAGAAGACUAAAAUUCCUGCUGAUUGUUACGCUGGAGCUGGAUAUGUACAGUGA